UUUAAGACUAGCAUGGGAGAAGUUCCAUUGAUGUUUCAGCAUGAUGUCUAACAUGAAAUCGAACACACUCAGCAGUGAGCUAAUGACAACCCAUAAAAGUAAUGUUAGUAAAGCGAGUAAACCGAUCGAUGUGUGUGUUAUGUGGGACAACAAAGAAAUGUUGAGCUAUUCUUUCAGCGACACACGGAAGAUAGCGGCAAUCAAGGCUAAAGAAAGACUUACUAUGCUUCUCCAGAGGCAGCCCAGAGAUCUCAUUAAAAAAGGCCAGUUGAAUGUCACACAAAGCUCCUAUUUAAGUUUACUUCCGGGAUUAACCCUCAACCAGCUACAACUGAUCGUCAGGUCAUGGCGUGAGGUUCUCAGGUCAAUCGACAUAUGGGGGAUGCGACUCCUUGUACACUUGAUGAAAAAUGUGUCCAAUGAGAAGGUGCUUGAAACAAUCCGAAGAGGGACAAGAACGAACGACCUACUGGCUUGCCGCCUCAACCCCCGCGUCAUUCGCUACGGCAAGCGCCUGAUCAUGCACAUCUCUGAUAUUGUGUUUAGUCUGACCAGCCAGAUUGCCCUCGAGUCUAUCGUCAAACGGAAGUUCGAUCUGAUGCGCAUGUCAGGAUUCAAACAGGAAACAGUAAAGAACUGCACGUCAGCCUUCAAGUCCUUCAUGGAGGAAUACUUCAGCACCAUCUGGACACCAGAAACCAAACGGGCCUGGACGGUGGUCAUCGACCUCAUCUCCAAGAUGGGGUUUCUUCACUGGACCACUGGGGACACGGGCAAUAGGUUUUGUUUCCACAUCGACCGUACGUCUGCCCCCAACAGUGAAAAACCCAGCAACGCCAUCAAGUUUCUCAGCUAGUUCUGUAGCUUCAAGUCGCGGGGUUCGUCAAGAGAAAGUGAAAUUUAGACUUAUGGAAGGGAAAAAGCGAGGCAACUCUCAAAUGUGUAAACACAAUAUUUGGCUUCAGGUUUUUAGAGUGUGAAUACAAACUUAAGGUACCAUUUUUUAUUUUAGAAACAUGUGAACAAACAAUUAGAGUACCGGUUCUGAAUGUGUGAACACACAAUUAAGGUAAACAUGUCUAAUGAUGGAUGUAUGAUGACUAAUAUCGUGUUUCAGCAAAGUAAUUAGGUGGGGGGGGGGUUGUUUAGGUGGAUGGAUGGAUAUAUUUUAUGCAAUAAUCGUCUGCUAGGAUGGGUGUGAAGGGGACGGGGGACGGUAGGGUAGCAAGGACAAUUUAUAAUGUUACUCGAACAAACAAUUCAUCUUGGUGGGUCUUUCAAAUUGGCCAUCACGUGACGUGCUAGUUCAAACAUAUUGGAGUCAUCGAAAUUAUUAAUACUUUCAAAACGAUCAGUAACGAGGGUUGUUGAGGCUAUCUGGUAGAUUGUAACAUUUAUUAUUCAUUUAUUUUAUAAAAGCAGAUGGUUAAAAUACGUGGCUUCAUACAUCUCAUGAUGUAAGUAAAUUGGUUUUGCUAUAAUGUGGAAAAACAGUAAAGUAAAGAUCAGAGUAACGUCCGGCAGGAACCGCUUGGUCACGUGAUAUGCUAACUACCUGUUUUAUUGUCGAUGAUUGGAGGAAACCAUUUGUAAUUAAAAUGCAAAGUUGAAUGGUUGGCCGGACAUUCUGUUUUACUUCUCGAUUUCGGGGCGUUAAAAUAAAUAAACUAAUCAAAAUAUUUUUGAAUAAUUGAACUAAUUUACACUGCAAGCUAUUUGCACAGUUAUUAAAGUUUAC